AUGGACAACAUUAAACUACAACAUGUAGCUUAUGUUCCAGACUUACCGGUAAAUCUUAUCUCGUUUCGUCAAGCAACAGAAGUUGGUGGUUGUGAAUUCAUCUUUAACAAAUCCUCUGUGUUUAUGUCAUCUCCUUCUAGAAAAUUGAAGAAGGUUGGUAGUAUCCACAAGAAACUAUAUGUGCUAGAUAUCUCUACUAAAGCUCCCGAAAUAACUGAGCUCUCAUUUGUUGCUGGUAGUGAUCCAAUGCUAUCUAGAGAAAUCAAACCUGUCUCCGAAAGCAUUCGCUGGUACAGUCGUUUUGGACAUCCAGGUAUUGAAGCAUAUAAUUCUUUGGCUAGAACCUUUUCUCUUCCUCGUAUGCAUCCUGAAAACAUCACUGUUUGA